UGGGUGUUUGAGCGGUACGCACGGCGCGUGUUGCCAUCAUCUCUAACUGCGAUGUUAAAUUCUAAAAAUCGAACUCUUAAUAUUCGCGGAAAAGUUGAGUUCGCAGUUAUGUAGUUUGAAUUAAUUCGUUCCAUUUUUAAAAUAGUUAGUGUGCUAAAACCGAGCCGGAUUAUAAAGUUUUCUGAAUUUUGAGGUUUCUAAUGUGUGUGUUGUGAUAGUGUUGGAUGAUGGACGACGAAAGUUUUUCUCUGACGCUCUGGACGAUACCAGUAUCAGAGUGGCGGUCCCCAAGAAUCGUGCCCCUAGUGUGUGCAAUAUAAAUAAGUUAGAUAGUAAAUGAACGCAAUGCAACCAGCGUGGUUUACAGAACGGACUGUGCUCGCAUUCCUUCUCACUGCGGUGUCGUCGUCCCCAUCGGCCACGCAAAACACUGUUAUCACAGGAAGCCAAUCUGCAGUAACUGGGACCGUCACCCGCGUGUCUUCAGUGGUAGGUGGUGAGGCGGAUCUGCCUUGCGACUCCCGACCACCUCAACGCAACGACAGCUUGCUGCUUGUCGUCUGGUAUAGAGAUGACAAUCCAGUAUACAGCUACGACACGCGAGUGCCAGGGCCAACCGGGCACUGGUCAGAUGAUACUUUCGGCGAGCGGGCACGAUGGGUCGGCCUGCCCACAUCAUCGCUGCACGUGCGAGACAUACAGUCAAGGGACAGAGCCAUCUAUCGGUGCCGAGUCGACUUCCAAGUAUCGCCUACGAGGAAUUAUCGGAUCGCACUGGAUGUUAUCGAGCUACCAUCUAAGCCGGUGAUCUUUGAUGAAUUCGGCAAAGAAAUAACCGGAGUUGCAGGCCCUUACAAUGAAGGAGGUGACUUUAAACUUAUUUGCUCCGUGACGGGGGGCAACCCCAUACCCCGAGUGCAGUGGCUGCAAGGCGAAACGGUGCUCGCUACCCUCGGGGCUGGGGAGGUGCAGCACGGUAGCAGGUCACUGACCCUCGUCGUCAUCAACGCGACGAGAGCACAUCUGUCCGCAGUGUACACUUGCACUGCUGAUAACACGAUGCUGUUGUCCCCACAGCGCGCUACAGUUCGGGUGGACUUGUACUUACGGCCUCUAACAGUGGAGAUAGUAUCUCGAGAGCAACCACUAUCCGUGGGAAGAAAAGCAGAGUUAUGGUGCAAGUCUACCGGUGCCAGGCCGCCAGCCACCAUUUCGUGGUGGCUUGGAGGGAAACAACUCAAUUCGGUUACUAAGCAACGGGAUUUAGAGGACAGAAACGAGACACAAUCGCUUCUGCAGUGGACACCGUUAAAAGAGCAUAAUGGUCAAGUGCUCACUUGUAAGGCUGAACACGAGAAAUUUAACAGAUCCACUAUUGAAAGUAAAUUGCCUCUUAACAUAUAUUACGUGCCAGAAGCGAGGAUGCAUCUCGGCGCAAAAAUGAACCCCAACGACAUAGAGGAGGGCGACGACGUGUACUUCGGCUGCGAGGUCGACGCCAAUCCGCCGGCUUACAAAGUGGUGUGGGAGCAUAAUGGUGUGCUCCUCCAACAUAAUCCAGCGAACGGGGUGAUAUUGACUGGCAACACUAACCUAGCACUCAGGAACGUAUCGCGGCAUCAAGCUGGCUUAUAUACCUGCACGGCGUCCAACGUAGAGGGCGAUGGGAAAUCCCCUCCACUGAGGAUGCAAGUCGUUUACAGGCCGCUGUGUCGGACGCGCGAGAUCAAGUUAAUCGGCGCGGCGCUGCAGGAGCCGUCAAGCGUGGAAUGUUUGGUUGAUGCUUUUCCUCCGCCAGAUACCUUCGAGUGGACGCUGAAUAACUCCGCUGGUUCGAUAAAGGUGGACGCGGAUCGUUUCACAGUAAACGCCAAAGAGGGCAAAUCAAUACUAAAAUACACACCUGUAUCGGACGUGGAUUACGGCACGCUAUCGUGUCGUGCGACCAACUUGGCAGGCCAACAAGUCUCCCCUUGUGUCUAUACGCUGCUCCCGGCUACUCGACCGGACCCACCUACCAAUUGUACUGUGUACAAUUUGACUGACGAUUCGCUGGAUUUGACGUGCCUAUCAGGUUACGAAGGCGGGCUCUCCUGUACAUACAUAGCAGAAGUGUGGGCUAAUGAAGGCCUAGUAGUGAACUCAACUAACGCCAUGACCGUGUGGAAUCUGCGCCGGCUUGGCGCCAAACGCCAUUUGCGCGUUGUGGUUUACGCGGCAAACGCACGCGGCCGAUCCGAACAUGUCAGUUUCAGUGUGGAAACUGCACCUAGAUUAUCGCCGAGAACAGAGGCCCAAGAAGCUUGGGAAGUGAACUGGGCAGUGGGAGGUGUGUUGGGCGCCGCGCUCACUGUUGCUAUCAUUCUAUGCCUCGCCCUUAUUGCGACGAGACUACGGCACAAUUCAACGAAUUAUGAAGUAUCAAUGCAAUCGUCUAAAAACCAAAAGGCGUCGUUGCAGAAACGAAGCUCUCCCGAUGACUGCAAUCCAGAUCUAAUACCAUUGAGUAAGGACGCUGACUGUCCGAAACCGCCGGAAUAUUCAGCGGUUGUGAAGCCAGAAGUAAAAAAUUCAUCAAGCGCAGUAAGUUUGCGAACUCAGUCGCCGGGCACGCCCCCGUCUAACACUGAAUUACAGGUCUAAUGAGAGAACCAGUAACGGAGCGCUCCGCUCUCACAGAGAGGUGGUGACCACACGGACCCCGCUACUCGCAGCGCACCAAGAAAGCUGUGUGUAACCACACUGCACGGAUUUCUGAGACACGGACAUUUCGUGAUCUUUCUAUGUACAUACAGUAAAUAUGUCUUGAUUCUAUGUAAUAUAUUAACGUAAAACGGUACUCUGCGUGCCUCCAAUGUGUUCUAUUUAUUUUUAAUCCAUGAUACAUUAUAUGGAUUGCUUCAUUAUUAUACUGAGCUAUGGUUUUUAGCAUGUUUUUAGCAGUGGAUUACUUUUUUUGUGCAGCAAUAUAACACGUGAUAUUUGAUGAGUUUCAUUAUUUUAGGCAACGCUCGUUUACAUUCACAAAUGCGUUUUGAAUUUGAUGUGGGUUUAAACGUUUUCAAUAGCAAAUGCUAGUUAUUUUUAUGCGAACGGUUAUUUAUUUUUGUGAAAUAUAAGUGAUAUUAAUAUGUACUACAAAUAAAGAGUUUGUUUUAAAGACAAUAAUUAAAAAUCAAGCUCAAACGAUAUUGAAUUAUUGAAAUCAAAUCCGACGACUUCAAGUUUUUGAAAUAGAUAAUCUUAUAUUAUUUAAUGAUAAGUCCUAACUUUUGUAUUAUUAAGUGAUGUGUAAAUAAUGAAAAUAUAUUUAUGGCGGCUUCAAGUCGCUUCUUAUAUAAUAAUUAGCAUAAUGAAUAUUGUUCGUUUCUUAUUCACUUUUUGUUUAUGGUUUAAAUGCUGUGCUUAUUUCUUAAUGACCAACUGAAAAUUACUCGACCGAAUUGUGUUGCUAUCUCACGUCAUUCAAAACAAAAGAAAGGGACGGUUUGAAUAUAAUAGCAGCAAAAAUAAUUGGUGAUUAAGAAAAGGCUAUUAAGUACCAUUAAAAUAAAUGUUUUGUAUGUAUAAUUGUGGUACAAUAUGUGCAUUAAAUAUUAAUUUGUUUCCAAAGCGUUUUACCAAAGAUCGAGUUUUAAUUGGUUACAUAGGAAUAUACUUAGUAGUGAAAUUAUUUGAGGACUGAUAUUAUAUUUUUCCUUAGUAGUUAAAUUAUAAAAAAUAUUGUAAGCAACUUUGGUACCUUCAUUAAAUUAAAAUUUAAGAUAGUUAAAUUUGAUUUCACUGAAGUGCUCAAAAUAAUAAAUGUAUAUUGGAAAUAGAAAAGAAUCAAAUCAUAAUUUAAAAUCAAAUUUCAUUUCUAUCGAAGAAAUAAUGUAGGUACAUAAUUCUUAUAAACGAAUAAUUAUUCACCUUUUUUGUUUGUGUAUCAGUUUAUAAUUUAAUAUAUAUUACUCGAAACUACUAUUUUAAAAGAAUUUACUAUAAAGAGCACUGUUCCAUUGUAAAAAUUAACUUUAAAAUGUAAUGAAACGGACAGCGAUUUUUAUUACAUG